AAGCCAGGAUCGUUCGCAAGGUGGCACUGCGAGAUCUAAACAAAAAAGUAGUGUAUUCGCAAGAAAUAGCUCACCUCCGCUGCAACGGGUGUCGCUGUGGAUGCUGGACGACGUAAGCUUUUUUUGGAGUGCGGAUCGGCGGAGGAGGAGCAGUGGGCGAGUCGGAGACAACAACAAGGCGGAGUUGGGCUGGCAGCAGCGGGGAGAGAUCGGCUGCUGCUGGAUUGAGUGAAGAGACACACGGGGUGGAACGCAAAGAAACUCCCCGGCAGGCAAACACAUAUGUCCAACUUCUUGCAUGUUGAAAGACUCUUUGCUAAGGAAGUAUUAUCAUUUUUUAAAUCGAUCGAAGUACAGGACUCGGAGCCUGAGCCUUGGGGAACCCGUCAGAUAGAGCGACACUGCCGGGGAUAGGGGAGUCCAGCCUCGGCCUGCUAAUGCAAGGAGCAAACCCGAGUGGUUUAGCUUUAAUUUCGCAAAAGACAACUGGUAUUGGAUUGACAUUUUGAUUGCAUAUCUUUUAUCAUUCAAAAGAUUCUGCGAUUUUUGUAAUAUAUCGCUUUUAAUUGGAAGACAAAAGCCAAGGACCCGCUGAUUUUCCCGUUCUUUAUUUAGCACGGCUUGAUACGUCUUGUCCUACUGGCACGGUGUUACGCUUGGCUCUCCGGGGAGGCGUAGCAUUUGUUUCUCCUCUGAAUGGGAUUGAAAGGAAAGCGGUGCUUUGGAUUUGAAUUCGUUUUGGAUUGAACACAGCUUUGUCUCAGAUCCUUUAAUUCACCAAAAAAAUAUCGAUGCAUUUAUCAGAAAGCCACGCAUAUUACAGCAAAACGCACAUCGUUAAAACUAUUUGUAAAUAAAAGUUGAUUAUUUUUAAAACAAAAAUAAGGCUUUUUAUUAAGGAUUAUAGAGGUUUCAUCUUAGAAAGAACACUCUUUAAUUGCAUCAUCUUGUGUUUUGCUUUUAACUACACCGCGCUUGUGUUGAUUUAUGCUGUAUAAAUGUAUCGCAUACAGUAACUGCAGUGAACUGAAAGUAUUGAAGCAGAAGUGGAGACACAAAUAAACAGGAUUGUUUCUGUUGAUUCUUUUUAAUCUUUUCUGGAGGACCACUAUCGUUAACUUUUUUUUUUGUUUUUGUGGCGGGGAACUUUUAGUUGGAUACGGUGUUUUCGGCCUCGCUCCCCCAUUUUUUCGUCCCCCCCGAUGCGGAGUGUCUGAUCAGCCCCGUGUCCCUCUCCAGACGGCGGUCGGAGAUGUUGAAGUGUAUCCCUCUGUGGCGCUGUAACCGCCACGUCGAGUCCGUCGACAAGCGGCACUGCUCCCUGCAGACUGUGCCGGAGGAGAUCUACCGCUACAACAGGAGUCUUGAAGAACUGCUGUUGGAUGCCAACCAGCUGAGGGACCUGCCCAAGCCUUUCUUUCGCCUGCUGAACCUGCGGAAGCUGGGCCUCAGCGACAAUGAGAUUCAGAGACUCCCUCCCGAGGUGGCAAACUUCAUGCAGCUGGUCGAGCUGGACAUCUCCAGGAACGACAUUCCAGAGAUCCCAGAGAGCAUUAAAUUCUGUAAAUCGUUAGAAAUCGCAGACUUCAGUGGAAACCCCAUUUCAAGGCUGCCCGACGGGUUCACACAGCUCCGCAGCCUCGCGCACCUCGCCCUCAAUGACGUCUCCCUGCAAGCACUGCCCAGCGACAUCGGCAAUUUGGCAAACCUUGUAACACUGGAACUUCGAGAAAACCUGCUAAAAUCCCUGCCUACAUCUCUGUCAUUCCUGGUGAAGCUGGAACAGUUGGACCUUGGCAGCAAUGAACUGGACAUUUUGCCGGAUACUUUGGGAGCGCUGCCAAACCUGCGGGAGCUGUGGCUGGACAGGAACCAGCUGUAUUCACUGCCACUGGAGCUAGGUAACCUGCGUCGGCUGGUGUGUCUGGACGUGUCGGAGAACAAGCUGGAUCAGCUACCCAAGGAGCUGAGCGGCCUGGUGGCACUGACAGACCUGCUGCUGUCCCAGAACCUGCUUGAAACCAUCCCCGACGGCAUUGGGUGCCUGAAACAGCUCUCUAUCCUGAAGGUAGAUCAGAACCGACUGACCCACCUGACAGACUCGAUAGGAGAGUGUGAGAACCUCACUGAGCUCAUGUUGACUGAGAACCUCCUCACGAUGCUGCCACGGUCUGUAGGGAAGCUGAAGAAGCUGACGAACCUGAAUGUGGACCGGAACCGGCUGACCUCCCUGCCCGUGGAGCUGGGUGGCUGCUCCAGUUUGAACGUGCUCUCCAUGCGAGACAACCAGGUCACCAAGCUGCCGGCCGAGCUGGCAAACGCCACGGAGCUGCACGUGCUGGACGUGGCCGGGAACAGGCUUCUGAACCUGCCCUUUGCCCUGACCAACCUCAACCUGAAGGCCAUGUGGUUGGCAGAGAACCAGUCCCAGCCCAUGCUCAAGUUCCAGACAGAAGAUGACGAGAAGACUGGGGAGAAGGUGCUGACCUGUUACCUCCUGCCACAGCAGCCCUCUCCCAGCCUCGAGAACCUCCUGCAGAACAGUGUUGAUGACAGCUGGACGGACACCAACCUGAACCGUGUCAGUGUGAUCCAGUUCCAAGAGGAGGCCAAGACUGAGGAGGAGGACAAGGAGGCUGCGGCCGAGAGAAGGGGGCUGCAGCGACGAGCGACUCCCCACCCCAGCGAGUUGAAAGUAAUGAAGAAGGUGAUCGAGGACCGCAGGAACGAGGCCUACACCGCCAACCCAGAUGGGGGACUCGAGUCUCCAGACAUUGAGGAGAAGAGGCUGAGCGCACUGUCAAAUCAGAGCCACGACUCCCAUGCUUCCAACAGCACGGCGUCGGCUGGGUCUGAGAGCUAUGAGUUUGUAGAACACGAGAGGCGGGGUCACAUCGUUGCCAUGGCAACAGAUGGGGCAGAGCCGGUGGAGGAGGAGGAGGGGCUUGAUGAUGAGAUGGAGGUAGAGUACAUUGAGCCGACAGUGCACUUUGCUGAGGAGCCCAUUAUCCGCGGAGGAGAGGAGGAUGACGAUGAGGAAGAUGAGGAUGGGGAGGAGGAGCGUCCGUCCCUCCCCAUGGAGAAGCAGCGGCUCAUCCGUAAGGACACACCGCACUACAAGAAGCACUUCAAGAUCACCAAGCUGCCCAAGGCCGAGACUGUGGCGGCGCUGCUUCAAGGGCUGAGUGUGGAAGGGGUGGACCAGCAUGAGUUCCGGACUCCACAGCACUGUGCCCAGGAGGAGGGGCAGGAAGGAGAACAAGAGGAGGAGGAGGAGGAGGAGGAGGAGGAGGAGGAGGAGGAGGAGGAGGGGGUAGAAGUGGAGGGCAGACUGAGCGAUAGGACCAAUGCAGCACUGCAGCCGUUCAAGGGGGUGUCGUUUGAUCAAGUCAAUAAUCUGCUGAUUGAGCCUGCUCGAAUUGAGGAGGAAGAGCUGACACUAACGAUACUCCGUCAGACUGGGGGUUUAGGGAUCAGUAUUGCUGGGGGGAAAGGCUCCACACCCUACAAGGGAGAUGAUGAGGGUAUCUUUAUCUCAAGAGUAUCCGAGGAAGGUCCGGCUGCACGUUCAGGAGUAAAAGUGGGAGAUAAAUUAUUAGAGGUGAAUGGCGUGGACCUGCAAGGUGCAGAGCACCACAUGGCAGUGGAGGCUCUGCGCAGCUCUGGCACGGAGGUGACCAUGUCAGUGCUGCGGGAGCGCAUGGUGGAGCCAGAGAAUGCCAUCACCACCACGCCACUGCGGCCCGAGGAUGACUAUUUCCCCCGUGAACGCCGCAGCGGUCUACCCUUCCCCAGCGACGAGGAGCCUGAGCGCGGGCUUCAGGAGCGCCUCUCCACCUGCCUCUUCCGCAACGACAAGGGGUUGGGCUUCAGCAUCGCAGGGGGCAAGGGGUCCACUCCAUACCGCACUGGAGACACGGCCAUCUUCAUCUCCCGGAUUGCGGAGGGGGGUUCUGCCCAUCGAGACGGGAUUCUUCAUGUUGGAGACAGGGUUAUUUCUAUCAAUGGUGUAGACAUGACAGAAGCCAGGCAUGAUCAGGCAGUAGCUCUUCUUACCGGCACAUCCCCCACCAUCACCCUGGAUGUCGAGCGGGAUGUCUCUGACGGUGUCGCAGCACUAGGGGGGUCUCCUGCCCUGCAGCGGGUACGCCCCCACUCCCCGCCUCCUCCCACCCCCUCAGAGAACAACGGCCAGGAGGACGCAAGUGAAGACUCUCCGCAGGACCGCCCGCUGAACAGCAGAGCUCUGGAGGACGAGUACCCCAUCGAGGAAGUGUACCUGGUGAAGGCAGGCGGCCCUCUAGGGCUGAGCAUUGUGGGAGGCAGCGAUCAUGCCAGCCAUCCCUUUGGAAUCAGUGAGCCAGGUGUAUUCAUCUCAAAGGUGAUCUCCCAGGGCUUGGCUGCUCAGAAUGGGCUGCAGGUGGGUGACAGGAUCCUAGAGGUGAACGACAUCGACCUGCGCCAUGCCACGCACCAGGAGGCCGUCCGGGCACUGCUCUCAAACAAGCAAGAGAUCCGCAUGCUGGUGCGCAGGGACCCUCCCCCGCCGGGCAUGCAGGACAUUUUAAUUGAGAAGCUCCCGGGGGAGAAGCUGGGGAUCAGUAUCCGAGGCGGAGCCAAGGGCCACGCUGGGAACCCCAUUGACCCUUCUGACGAGGGCAUCUUCAUCUCCAAGAUGAGCUUGAGUGGUGCGGCAGCCCGGGAUGGCAGGGUCAAAGUGGGGAUGCGAAUCCUGGAGGUGAACAACCACAGCCUGCUGGGAAUGACGCACACUGAGGCAGUGCGUAUCCUGCGCAGCAUCGGAGACACGCUGGCCAUGCUGGUGUGCGACGGCUUCGACCCCAAAGACGCUGGCAGCGUCGAGGCAUCCCCUGGUGUCAUCACUAACCCCUUUGCCACUGGCAUUGGUCGGAAGAACAGCAUGGAAAGUAUCUCCUCCAUCGACAGGGACCUCAGCCCAGAGGAAAUGGAGAUCAUACAGAAGGAAAUGGAGAUGGUGCGGGAGUCUACGCAGUGGGAGAAAGAGGAGUUGGAGAAAGUGGAGCAAAUGCGCAGGGAGCGUGAGGAGGCCAACCGCCUGCUGGAGGAGGAGGCUGAGAGUUUCAGCACAGGGCCUCUAAAAUUGGACUACAAGACUCUUGCAGCCCUUCCCAACGCCAGCGUACAGAAAGUGAGCAGGCUUUAUCCUUGUGGUACGCAUUCUGUAACAAUGGAGACACCCAAGCCAGCCAACAACUCUACUCUAGACCUGCUCGUGUUUAGAAAUGGGGAGCUCACUGGUCAGGGGCAGGGGGACUGUCUGAGGAGUCUGUUUCAAACUGAGCCUCAAAUCCUGAAUCCAGCCGCCCUGCCUCUCAGCAUCCCAUGCCAGAGCACAGGAGUGGAAGCCAAGCCAGUCCAGAGUAACCCAGAUCCUCAGGUCACGUUUGCCACUAAAAAGACUGUGGAAGUUUCCCACAAUCCCCUGCAACAGUCCCCCAGAGAGAAACAGGAAGCCCCGCCACAAGAGGGGGAAGAGGAAGAAAGCCUGGUGGACUCGCAGCCCAUUUCGUUCAGCAGUAACCCCUUUCUCAUAGCCAAUCAGAAGGGGAAAGGCAAGCCCACCGAAGCUCAGAUUCUUUCGGGACCGCCAGUCGGCUACGGAAAGCAGGGUCUGUUGCAGACCAGCCUGUACUUAAAGGGUUCCUCUGCCGAGCCUAUUGGUUUGAACAGCACCAGUUGGGAAGCUCCCUGCUACCCCACCUCGCAGCCUCCUAUGUCCACCGCUGCUUCUUGCACUGGACGGGAGACCCGCUUUGCAUCUAUUAAUUUCCUCUCCACCACAAGUCCCAAGGAAGUAUCAACCAAACCAGGCAUUAUCCACCCUAGAGUGUGUCAGAAUACACCUCUCAAUCAGGAUGGCCGAAAGAGCCCCAACCCUUUCCAGCAUGGCCCUUCCCCUUCCGAGACACUCGGUUCUGAUGUCUUUAUCCAGAGGAAUACUGUCCAGUCCAAGCCUUCACCUGAGCAGGACCUGGACAAUGUUUUUGCCAGUGACAGUGAUGUGGAGCUGGGAGGGGACCCUCCAUGUGGCAUAGUUGGUCAGCCCUUUGCCACCCGUAACCUCUCAACAGACGUGCUCAGCCCCCUGGGCGAGUGGACCCUGCGUAGGGAGUACCUGAGCUUGUCCGCAGUGCCCCUCGUCACCAAGCCCUCACUAGACCUUGAGGUCGCGUCCCCGUCACCCAGUGGGCAGGACAGCCCGGAGCAACGCUCGUUCAGAGACCGGCAGAAGUACUUUGAGAUUGAUGUGAAGCAGCACCUACCCGACAGCAAGCCCAAACCUCGUGUCUCGCUGGUUGCUGAGGAUGACCUCAAGAAGAUGAGGGAGGAAGAAGUCCGGAGGGUUGAACAGCGGGCCCGGGAGCUGCUAGUGGAUGAGGAGGAAGAGGAAGAGGAGGACCUUGACAAGCAGAUGGCGGAGAUGAAGGCCCAUGGCAAAGUGGUCAUCGAGGGAGUGGAGUACAAGAUAGAGAGGGUGGACAACCGGAGCACCAACUCCCCCAGCGCAGGUGAGUCCCUGGUGCAUGGGAAAGGAGAAUCCCAGAGGAACUCCCUCGAAGAUGGCUUCAGACCCGAACAGAGACCAAACUCCAUGACUGGACUGAGCCCAAUGUACCCAGGGGAGUCAGGAGCCCCAAUCAGGACUGCCAAGGCAGAGCGGCGCUACCAGGAGCGAAUGCGCAUGCAGAGCCCAGAAGUGCACAACGCCCAAGACAAGGACCUCUCCCCAGCUGAGAAGAGAGCCCUGGAGGCAGAGAAACGGGCCAUGUGGAGAGCAGCCAGACCCAGAGGGCUGGAGGAUGAUAUUAAACAGUACGAGCAGGAUCUGGCUAAAAAGCUGUACCAGUCAAGACAGAGGGCAUCUCAAGCCCACAGCAAGAGCCCUGACCCAGCGGCCAGCGAACACAGGAUGAAGUCCCUGGAGCAGGAUGCUCUGAAGGCUCAGAUGGUAAUCGCCAAGUCCAAGGAGGGGAAGAAGAGGAGCCCACUGGACCAGCUGGCAGAGUCCCCCUCCCCGGCCCCCACGCCCUCCCCCACACCGCUCGAAGAUUACAGCCCCAGAAGUGUGACGUCACCAGGGAGAUUGUCCCAGACAGAAAAGAAGUUUGACUACCGACAGUUUGCAGCUAUUCCUUCUUCCAAACCUGUAUACGACAUCCAGUCCCCUGACCUGACAGAUGGUAUUCAGCUAUUGGAUGACACUACCAACAGUGCGGAGCCCCGUGGGGAGAAGGAUGCUGAAGGCCAUGUCUGCCUACCCACCACCUCAGCACAGGAAGAAAUGGCACUCUUCAGCAACAAGCGCAAACUACGGCACAGUCGUCUGAGCCUGGAGACAGCUGUCCCCACGUAGUGCAGCUCCAGAGCUCUGUAAACACACAAACACACACACACACACACAACCCCCCCCCCCCCCCCACCCCCACCCCCCCACACGUACAUCCAGGCACGCCAUACAUACACAGUGCCCACUCUCUGCAGGGAGGGAUGGAGGUGUGGGGGCCUGCCAUGAACACAUGGACCUACCUUGGGCCAUAAACUUUAAUAACCUAGAGGGUGUGGGGGCUAGCUUUUAUAUACCAGACUACAAAACAACUUUUCAGUUUGCGUUUUAGAAGCUGAAUUAUUUUACUCAAUAACUAAUAUUUUUUGUUUAACUACUGUUUUUUUUUUGUUUUUUUU